CAACAACAACAACAACAACUCCAGCAACAGGCUGGAGCGACUGGCAGUCAAAGUCAUUUAGGUACAGCUACGACGGGUCCUACAACCCAGCAGCAUUCCGCCCACGCGGCCUUCGGCUUCUUCGGGGCUCCGGGCUUCGGCCCCGCCAAGAUGCUGAACGAGUUAUUAGGAAGGCAGGUCAAACAGGCCAGUGACGCUGGCGGAUCACCGCCAGAGGGCGGUCACGGGAUGACCGGUGCCGGCAUGGAUCCCGCCUCGAAUUUGCAACCAGGCGCCGUGGUUAAUUGUGAUGAUCCCGCCACGGCCGACCUCACGCAGCACAUGUUACGCGACAUGCUUCUGCAGGGGCGCAAACUCUCCGCUCUCGGCGUGCAGGAGCAGCCGAAUAAUAACAACAGUAUACACAGUAAUAACAACAAUAAUACUACCGCGGAACUACUUAAAUCACAGCAUCAGCAAAGUCCCCAACAGCAUCAACAAAAUAGUGAUAGUGCGCGCAGUGGAACAGUGCAGAGUGGCGGGGAGGAGAGUGGUGAUGGUAAUAACGUCGUGAAUAGCGCGAAUCACAGUGAUCGUGAUACCGUGAUGCCGGGCGAUGCUGAGGACAGCGCUGAGGAUGCUGCCUCCGCGGCACGCGCGAUGGAGGAGGCCUUUGCCGAGGCCGGUAUGGAACCAGGAGCGAACUUGGACGGAUCGGAUUGUGAGCAAAGCCUGCCUCCUAGCCCAACGGCACCAAGGUCAGGCUCGGUCUCCGUUAAAGAAGAGAUACAAGAGUCGCUGAAUAUCAAACGUAGCCCCAGUCACUCUCCUUGUCCGAUCGUGCCAAAGACCGAGACGAACUCUCCAACGACAGAGAUUAAACGCGCUCGUGUGGAGAACAUCGUCAGCACGAUGCGCAGUAGUCCGGCGCUUCAGCCGGCAACGGUAAACGGUUGCAAGAAGCGCAAGCUCUAUCAACCUCAGCAACAGACAGUGCAUCACGUUCUCCAGCAUAGUGUCAAUGACACCAUGAUGGACGACGAAGACGAGAGCGAAGAGGAGGAGGACCCGACGACGAUCAGACAGAAACGGGAGGAGAAAGAUAAUUUGAAGAUACAAUUGAAAAUGUUACACGAGCAAUUGGCGGAAAUGCAGCAAAAGUAUAUGGAACUCUCCAGUAGAAUGGAGCCAGACACAAGUGAGAGUGGCGACGCGCCACCAAGUCCUCCUCAGCAUCCACCGCAACCGCCACCAAGACCGCCACGACCUCAUCCACCGCCGUACAACGGCCUCCCGGCCCUCCCACCUGAUCACCCUCACGCAGCAGCUGCUGCCAUGUAUCACAUGGGGCAUAAACUCUACUUUGAACAACAGCAUGCUGCCCUCGAGAGGAUGAAAAGAGAACAUCAAGAAGCGGCCGUGCGACAGCAGCAGCAGCAGCAACAGCAACAGCAGAGUCAGGCAACUGUUCAAUAUGAGGAGGACAUGGGAUACAG